UGAUUUGUAGUGCAACUUCUCCCGGUCCGACAGUAGUGACGGCCACUUACAUAUAUAAUCACAACGAACAUUAACUCCGCCUGCAGAAUUUACUGCAUCUAUAUUUUAAGCGCCGACACAUUCGCUAGCUAAGCUAGCUGUUAAAGCAGCUAACGGGUAAGUAGCAAGUAGUUUGACAUGGCGGAGGGAACUGGCAACGUGAACAAGACGGCGUCCAACCUCCCCCCGGGAGACCCGCAGCUCAUCGGUAUGAUUGUGGAGCAUCUGAAGAACCGGGGGCUUUUCGACGAGUUUCGUCGCGACUGUCUGGCCGACGUGGAUACGAAGCCCGCCUAUCAGAACCUGCGGCAGAAAGUGGACAACUACGUCACAUCGCACCUGAGCACGCAGGACUGGAACCCCUCAAACAACAAGAACCAGAUGAGGAACGGACUGAGGCAAAGUGUUGUUCAAUCGGGUAUGUUGGAGUCUGGUGUUGACAGAAUCAUCACGCAGGUCGUGGAUCCAAAAAUGAACCACACUUUCCGGCCACACAUCGAAACUGCCAUCCACGAUUUCCUGUCUGGGGACCGGAGAGAGGAGAGCACUUCAACCUCUAACUCCGCACCAAGUGAACAGACAGAACCCCUGGAGGCCCCAUCCGCCUCUGGCCCCAAAACCCGUCAUGCCGCGGUCAUGCUGCGUAGUGGAACCCCGUCCUGCAAGGCUGCACACUCCUCCUCUUCCUCCUCCUCCUCCUCUUCCUCCUCCUCUUCCUCCUGCUGCUGCUGCUGCUGCUGCUGCUGCUGCUGCUGCAACAACCCCUGCAGUGACAAACAGUUCCGACGGGGGGGAAAAGAAAAGAAAAGAGCAGCCACUGAGCAUCAGACUUCAGCUCAGUCAGUCUCAGAUAUGCCGGUGAACUUGUCCGCUCUGCAUUUCGUAGUUGUCCUGCUCCUGGCCUGUCAACAGGUGCCGACCGUGGAGCCGCAUGAUGUCCAGGAGAAACAAGUGAGCCAGGCCAAGAGACGCCUCUCCCCGCAGAGCACAGUCGAGAUUCAGAGUUGCCUGGUGAGUUCAGGGGAUGUCGGCUGUGGGACCUUUCAGUGUUUCAACAACAACUCCUGUGAGAUCCAGGGGCUGCACCACAUCUGCCUCACUCUGCUGCACAACGCCGGGCGCUACGACUCACAGGGCAAGUCAUUUGUGAAGGAUGCGUUGCGUUGCAUGGCGCUGGGACUGCGCCAGCGCUUCAGCUGUGUGAGCCGCCGGUGCUCAGCGGUCAAAGAGAUGGUGUUCUCGCUUCAGAGAGAGUGCUACUCCAAACACCAGCUAUGUCUGGCACUGAGGGACCACAUGGACACCACGGGCAACCUAGUGCAGUUCCACUUGAUGUUUCCACCAGGGCCGUACGUGGAGCUGGUGAACUUCCUGUUGAAGUGCGGCGACGAGGUCCGGUCGUGGGUCAGCCGGCGGUUGCGCGGGCAGUGCGAGCAACACUGGGGGGCGCUGUGCAGAAGCUUCGGCCGCACCUGUCCUCAGUCAGACGCUCCGCAGCACACCACCGAUCCACCACCACCACCCACCGUGCCCUGGCCUUUCACUGCUCUGGGCACCGUGCAGCAGCCAACCAGAGCGGCCCAACCAGACGACGGGCGCGGGCUCAAUCCGGUCGACAACACAACCCAAUCUGCUGUCCCCGCGUCUGAGAAAACCAAUGUUACCGCCUCAUAGAGCAACAGGUCGACCACAGCUGUGCAGGCAGAUGUGCAGACUGGGUACACAAGAGAUACAAAGAUCAUGCACUUAUUACUAUUAUUAUAUUAGCAGUAGAAUUAGUCAAAGUAAUGGUAGUUGUAGUUUUAUUAGAGUAGUCAGUCUAGUUUUGCAAGCAAUGCAACAUAACUUAUUUAAUCUGUUGGCUAUUUUGCCAUUAGUAUUUUUUCUGUUAAGUUUGAUUUUGUACAAGGAUGAAAACCAUUUAUCUACCUCACUUCAACAUCAAAGUAAGCCACAGUGGCUGGAUCCUGCAGCAGCGGAUACGGACACGAGCAAACACUAACUGUCUCUAGCUCGAGUGCAGCUGAUGUAAAGUCAGUAUUCUACCUAUUUAAAUCAGUUUUGUUUGUUGUUGGUUUAUUUUUUGUAUUUAUGAGCAUUGUUAUUUUAUGCACCAAAACAACAUCAGACAUUAUCUUGUAGACAGGGGUCACGGGUGCAGUCUGCAGGAAGGGAAGCACUCUCCUCAUUAGGAUGUAUUUUUUAAAUGUUGUACUUACAACAUUUUAAACAGACCCCGGGUUCAAAGCUGUAUUUUUAAGUUUUUAUUUAAAUUAAUCUAAAAAAAAUUAAAUUUGUAAGCAAAUUUUUGAAUGAAAUUAAAUAAGCUACAAUGAUGUUUGUUUGUUUGUUAAGUUAGUCCUGACUUGUUUAUCAUGUCUAUGAUGGUGAUGUAUUGUUGGGUAUUCUGCCAUCUAGUGGCACAUCUGUGGUAAUAAACACAACGACACAGCCCUCCA